AUCAGACUCUAAUCUCUAGCAAUACUAAAUAUUAGUCUUAAGCGGAUAUCAUAGACUUGAUACGUCGCUUUUUUAGUACGCAUUUCUCUUCGUUUCCCGCGACUCCCCAGCGGGGUUUGAUAGGCUUAACAGACCAACUUUUCCAUGACAAAAACUGGGAGAACUAAGCUAGAACUAACACUUAAAACAAAGCCCUAUAUGAACUCGCGAUAGCAAAUGGGCCGCUCUUGAAAGCUAGAAGGCAAGCUCUAUAUCAGGCGCCUAGAUUACUGUCCCAGACAAUUUGCGUAUGACGAUUGAAUAAAUUAUCCUCGAGAAGUCAUCUGCCAGGUUAGAGCUUCUCAGUUCGUAAUAACAACGUGUCUCGAGUUGACGGUACUCAAGCGCUCUUUGAUAGAGAGUAUUCGAGAGCUGCGCAUCUGUCGUACUAGAAAAAGCUAACAUUGUGCGAAGUCAAAUUUCAUAAAUGUUGUUUUAAUCUGCUUGACUUUCGACAUUGUUAUAGUAUAAAAAGGAUAAGUUACAAGCGCUGAAGGAAAAAAAGUUAUAAGGGCGCUGAGGACGAUGGGGGAUUGUGUUGGGAACUCAUCCGCUGACAAGACUGGCAUCCCGUAUUUCCAGCUGGUAAUUUCAGUUAUUUCAUGCUUUGUAGCCACUCCUUGCAGCACCGCCGUGAUCGUAGCAGUGGCCCGGGACCCGUGUAAUGAGCUCCGCAACUCGGUGAUGUCCCUAGUUCUGACGGCAGUAGCUGGCGCCGGAAUCCUCGGAGCCAUAGCCGAACCCAUUUUCAUAUACGACGCCGCUUCGUCGAUUUCCGAGGGGGUCUCGAUGGAACACCGAAUCCAUACCGAACUUAUCAGCUUGCAAAUCGCAGUCAUCAUUUCAUUCGUUGCCUCAAUGUCAUCAGUUUUCUGCCUAGUUGGAAUCACAAUUUGUCGAUAUUUGUUCGCCUCGGCUCCGGAUUGGUUCGUAGUUAAUGCGACGUUUAACCGAACACUGUUCGCCACCAGCAUGGGCUGGCUGAUGUCGAUAAGCUACCCAUUCUUAUACCUGAAUUGUGGGCUACAGUACUACUGUACGGGGCACGUUACUGCAGUAGUCUUGACUUUGAUUGCAGCUAUAUCCUUCAACAUGCUAUGGGUGAAACCCAAACUGGUCGCGCUCAAGAUAGACGGGAGAGGUGAGACCUCGCGGAGAGAAGCCCUGCUCGACAAACCUUACUUGGCCCUCUUACUCAUCUCUCUUGCGUCCUAUGCUAUAGCCAGCGUGUUUGCCUACAUUGCGCAAUACGGAAACGUCAACUGCAAGCUUCAAAGCUGGUUCACGCAUGUGUGCUUUGGGAUCAUCCGCUUACAAUGCGGGUGCUCGCCACUUAUUGCGAUGGUGAGCAUGAAACGACUGAAGAGGGCGACUAAGAGAAUUGUAUGCAUGUGCUUGUGUCCCGAAAGAGCCAUCUUGAAGUAUUCACAAUCAAGGCGGAGUUCCAGAAAAAAAAAUGGUGCAGUUACGUUACUUGAAAUGAGCCGACGACAGCAAGGGUUUGGAAGGCACGCGGUUUUUACGAUGUAGAGGUCUGGGUUUGAUAGAUCAUGUGACUGAUAGGUUCAUAUGACUCUGAUAACGUAGCAGACACAAAGGAACUGGGAGGCACGGGGUCCCACGCUGUAAGGGUUUGAGCUCUAGGUGGUUGAUCUCAUGUGACUGAUAUACUCAUGUGACUUUGAUCAAGUAGCAGGCUCAAAGGUUUGGUAGGCAAGAGUUGGGUUCGACAUCUGAGAUUGAUCACGUGACUGGUAGGUUGAGGGAAUUUUAAAUGGCCCCCGAUACAUUGAAAGUACUCGAAAAAGUGGGCCAUGUUUAUAUGCUCACGCAUGUUUAGGCGAUGCUCAAACAUUUUGCUUUGCGCGGGGCUAGCCAUUCGCUCGUUUCAUGUCAGGCUUUAAAAUACUUUCUAGAAAACGCAACAAAUAGACAGAUCUCUAUUAGACCUUUGACAGACUAUUUAUCCCUAGUGUGCUCCUUGUUUGAAUGAUUGUCCGGGCAUAUCAUAUCUGCCAUAUUAUAUCGUAUUAUUUCCGAAAACACGCACUUUUUAGACCCCUAAAAAGCCAGACAAUGAGCCUAAAGCGAUUGGCAAACAUUAAGCUAAGAUAAAAGCUGUAAGUCAAGCGGCUAAUCCAUUACUUAAAAGCGUCUGGAUUUGCUAAUAACUCCCCUAAUAGGUUAAAUAGAUUCGAUCGUAGGUAUUUAUAGCUCUGUGUAAGCAAUACAGAUAAUAGUCAGGCAUAUUAAAGAAGCUGCGACAAUCGAAAUUGUUUGAUAGACAAAGGAUAAAUCGGGGAAGGCAUGUAUAGCUAGGAUCCUAAAUUUGAAAUUAUUUUCCCAUCGCGACUAAAACUGGUUCGAUUGAAGGUGCGCGUGUUAGUGAUGUGGUGUGCGCUCCAUUCUUUCGGGCUGGGGGGACGCGAGCCCACCCUUUUUGCGCUGAAAAGAGAAGAAAUAAAUAAUCCGAAAAAGAAAGACAUGAAAAAUUUUUUUCUGUAUUUAUUUUCAAUUGUCAGUCCUCCCUUAAAUAACAUGCCUCGCGGUCCCUAAAUAGCAGAUUUAAAAGGGGGUACUCCCGUCAAAACAAAGUUAUUUAUAAUGUUACGAUGUAAACAGGUUAAUGUGGGAUGUAUUGAUGGAAAUCUAAGUCGUAAAGCAAAAGCAUCAUUUAAAUGUACUCUUUUCAACUACAUGCAAAGCGCGCCGUUUAGUGCACCAUUUAUGGACCUCCUUGGAUUCUCGCGCGCUAAUGCUCAAAUAGUGCAUCCGACUUCUUAGUGAGAUUACCACAGCAUUGAUGCACUAGACGGCAAUAUCUUAAGGAAAUGUCAUUGAAAUCUAUGUGUUUUAGUCUGCUGUCUGCCUUUCGCUUCCCCCUUGAGCACGCCAUUCUAAUGGACAUGAGCGACGGAAGUAGUUUGUGAGCUCAGUAUAGGCUCCAAGGUUAAAAGGUUGUUUUAGGAUAAAUGAUAUUUGAACAUUGUAGAUUUGUUUUCUGUGUGUUCAUCAAAAUUGUGUUAGGUGUAUCAUAGGGUAUUUUGGGCGAAGUCCACAAUAAAGAAUCAUCAGUUCGAGUUCGACGAAGGUAAACAAAUAAAUGCACUUUGCUUGACAUUUGUCUCACUAUGACAGCUCUCAUUGUAAAGUGGCAAUAAAACACAAAAGCUCUCAUUUAAAAGUGUCAAUAAAACACAAAAACACUUUGAAAACUCGACGUGACAUUUUCACAAACUCAAAAUCUAGCUCGACAAACGAAAAGCGGGACCUACAAUUUCUUGAAGGUGCCGCCCAAGAUGUCACUCUUUGCAAUGUUUUGAGAAACCAUUCCGACCGUAUAGAAACAAUUUUAUGCAUUUGUACAUCGAACUCGAUUUAUCCAUGAAGAAAAUACCUUUUUAUAUUGUCAAUAAAUAAUAAAGACAGCAUAUUAAGAA